UGUAGUUUGGUUUCUUUUGGGAAGUCGCAUUCCAGAAACCCAGAAAUGAUUUGAGAGUGAAAAAAAAGUGCUUGUGUGGAAGCCACAAUUGUGUUCCCCUCAUUUUUUUUUUAUUGGGUGUCUCUAAUUUCUCUGACUGCUGCUGCUGUGGAUGAGUAAAGACAGCAUAAGAAAUAUUUGUAUUGAGGCAGUCAUGAUGAUUCAGGAUGACUGUAGUUUUGAUAAUCUGGGCAUGGAUUCCCUGGUGGCAGAUGUGGACCAGGACAUGAAAGCACUCAUCAGUGCAGCCUCACCAACAUCCUCCUCCACUGCUGGGGAAGAGAGCAAGACCAACCUCAUAGUCAACUACUUGCCACAAAACAUGAACCAGGAGACCAUCAGGGCCCUGUUUUCACAGAUUGGGGAAGUUGAGAGCUGCAAACUCAUCAGGGACAGAACUCCUGGAUCUGAGUCUCAUGGCCAGAGUUUGGGAUAUGGCUUUGUGAAUUUCCACAGAGCAGAGGAUGCAGAGAAGGCCAUUUCACAGUUGAAUGGAGUCAGAAUCCAAAACAAGAUUAUCAAGGUGUCAUAUGCAAGGCCAAGCAGUGAGACAAUCAAAGGAGCCAAUUUGUAUGUGAGUGGGAUGCCAAAGACUUGGACACAGGCUGAGUUGGAGUCUUUGUUUGCACCCUAUGGCAAAAUCAUCACAUCCAGGAUCCUGUGUGACAACCUCACUGGGCUCUCCAAGGGAGUUGGCUUCAUCAGGUUUGACCAGAGGACAGAGGCAGAGAGAGCCAUCAACAAGUUGCAUGGGACUGUGCCAGCAAGUUUCUCAGAGCCCAUCACUGUCAAGUUUGCCAACAAUCCCAGCAACAACCCAAAGGCAGGGUUGCCAUUGGCAGCAUACCUCAGUGGUCCCCAGUUGCGCAGGUUCACUGGUGCUGGUCUAGGAGGUGCCACUGGUCCUGCUGGUGUGCAGACUGUGAAGGUUGUGAGGGACUUGCAGACCACCAAGUGCAAGGGCUUUGGCUUUGUCACCAUGACCAACUAUGAGGAGGCCAUGAUGGCCAUCCAAGCACUCAAUGGCUACACUCUGGGCAACAGGGUGCUGCAG